AUGACACCAUCACUCAAUCCUUCGUCAUCAAUUCUCAUUGUCGGCGCAGGUACCUGGGGCUGCUCGACGGCUCUGCAUCUCGCCCGUCGGGGAUAUACAAAGGUCACCGUGCUUGAUCCUCAUCAGGUGCCAUCGCCCAUUGCAGCCGGCAAUGAUAUCAACAAGAUCAUGGAGCAUCGUGAAUUGAAAGACCCCAAUUCUGACUCCAUAAGUCUCGCCUUCGCAACAUGCACCAGAGCGGCAUUGAACGGGUGGAAAACAGACCCAGUUUUUCAGCCCUACUUCCACGAGACGGGCGCGAUUGUCUCCGGCCAUACGCCAGAGUUGAUCAAACACAUCCAAGAAGAUGAGAUCGAUCCGACCAAGUCCGGGAAUUUGGUGAAGUUAGAGUCGGCCGAAGAUUUCCGCAAGACCAUGCCCCCGGGUAUAUUGACAGGAGGCUUCCCGGGAUGGAAAGGCUGGUUGAAUAAGACCGGUGCGGGAUGGAUCCAUGCGCGGAAGGCCAUGGUCUCUACUUAUAGCGAAGCAAAGCGGCUGGGUGUCAGUUUCGUGACAGGUUCGCCGCAGGGAAAUGUAAUCUCGCUCGUCUACGAAAAUGGUGACGUUAUCGGAGCCGAAACCGAAGAUGGAAUCGUCCACCGUGCACAGCAUACCAUCCUCGCCGCCGGCGCAGGAAGUGACCGUCUUCUAGACUUCAAAAACCAACUACGCCCAACAGCAUGGACACUCUGCCACAUCCGCAUGACCCCUGAAGAAGCGCAACGAUACCGCAACCUCCCCGUCCUCUUCAAUAUCGCGAAGGGCUUCUUCAUGGAACCCGACGAAGACAAGCACGAGCUUAAGAUCUGCGACGAACAUCCCGGAUACUGUAACUUCGUGCCUGAUCCGCAGCACUCCGGUGAAAUACGCAGUAUCCCAUUUGCUAGACAUCAGAUUCCGCUUGAGGCGGAGGCGCGGGCUAGGGAUUUCCUAAGCGAUACCAUGCCGCAUCUGGCAAGAAGGCCGUUGGCAUUUGCGAGGAUUUGUUGGGAUGCAGAUACAGUGGAUCGGGCUUUCUUGAUUGAUAGGCAUCCGGAUCAUGCAUCGCUGUUGCUGGCUGUUGGAGGGUCUGGGAAUGGCGCUAUGCAAAUGCCUACAAUUGGGGGGUUUAUUGCAGAUGCUUUGGAGGGGGUUCUGCAGAAGGAGUUGAAGCAUGUUGUGCGGUGGCGGCCGGAAAUAGCAGAUCAUCGGGACUGGAGAUCUACUCAGAAUCGGUAUGGGGGGCCUUUCAAGGUUAUGGACUUUCAAGAGGUGGGUGAAGAUGAGUGGACAAAGAUCGUUGACGCGAAAAGUCGACUGUAG